AAUAUAUGUGAAAUAAAAACGUAGGCCCAUUAACAUGGAAAACAUGUUUCUAAUAAGCAAAUAGCCAAGCAGCGUGCCAACUUUAUACAAUAUGUCACCCAUUUACAUUGGUACCUAGAGAAAUGUGUGUCAAGACGCUCGGAGGAAUUGUUGUCCUUGGGUGGUGAAUUUGGGGAGAUUUUGAACUUCAUGGUUUUGGUUCAGAAACUGUCAUUGAUUUUCAUUUUCAACUGUGGUAAAACACGUCAUAAAACUCACCCUUGUGGCUAUUUAAAGUGUACGGAUCAGUGGCGUUAGGUGCAUUGGCGAUGUUAUGGGCCAUCAUUGCUACCAUUUCCAGAAUGUUCCUGUCAUCCCAGACCAAAGCUCUGGACCCGCUGAGCAGUGGUCUCCUCUGAGCCCUCACUCUCCUCCCUAGCACAUGGUCGCCUACCUUGUAACUCACUGUCUUCCUGGAUGAGCCUCUUCUGGGUACCCCAUAUGGAUGAAAUUGUAUGAGACUUAUCCUUGUGGGAAUGUUAAUCUGCAUGCCUGUCUGUAUUUUUUAAGUGGAAGAAAGGAGAGCCUGGGAAAGGGCUGUGGUCUUUGUCCUCUGGCGGUUGCUUCAAGCUGGGCCACAGAGGUCUCAACCACCCUUCCUGCCUGGGGGACUGGUGUGAGUUCUGCACCUGUGGCUUGGCUGGGAGCCAGGGUUGAGAAGCGUAGUGAACACAGCGGCUGUGCUUCGCUGCUUGCUGGCUUCUUGGGGCUCCCACCUGUGUGUGCGUGUCGGGGGUAGAGGGCUUGGGAGGGUGAGCCUGUGGUUCCCUGAGCCCCUCUUACUCCCAGAGCCGUUGCCUUGUGGAUAAGGGAGGGGCUGAGAUCAGCUUCCUGGAAAGUGGAGGACAACUCUCCACUUCUCUUUUACACGCAUUCUCUGUGUUCCACACCACAGCUGGACUCAGCCCAUCAUGGCGGCUAUGGAUGUGGCCGGCAACUGCUUCCUCCAGAGUGUGGCCCAAGGCCCGGGGAGGACUUCAGCCAGUAGGUCCAUGAGACCCUGGGUAUUCUGGGGGAGAUGGGCACUGGCCUCAGAUAAUACUCCUAUAGGGCUUUAUAUUCCCCAUAUAAAGACAAUGGGACAAGGAUUGCUGUGUGUAUAGGGUGGAGGGCAGAGGGGCUGUGGUCGAGUGGGAGGGACACAUCAGAGAAGGAAGGUCAAGAACCCAUGGGACCCAGAGCUGGGAGCCAGGGCGUGUGGCUCUCUCCAGAGUCUGGUAUUAUGCCCUGGUUAUGUGAGCCCCCUCAGGCCUUCCUGGUGUCCAGCUUGCUGGUGAGGGUGUGGGCUGGGAGGGAUCUGUCUGGAAGGUCCUUUUCACUCGUGGGCAGUGGACAGUGAGCGCAGUGUUGAGAUUGAUUGCACAAGCAACCUCUGACGAAGUUGGGUUUGUCACUGCAGAGCCAGACAGCUAUGAAUGUGGUAUUGUGGAGAACUUGCUCCAGCCCCCUGAGAAUGUUCUGGAAAGCCCCUGAUGGGCCAUUCCCUCCUGUCACCCUGUUGGGGAUCUGAAAUCUGCUGUGUGAAGGUGACUUUCCCACAGGCAUUGUGCGGGUAUGGCCAGGAUAAGGGAGAGGGGGUAGGGUGCCCCCAAGAUGGCUCUCCCAGGAGGACCAGGUCUACCCAAAAGCUGCCCUUGCUUCUCCCUUCCUUUCUGCUUCUUGUGUCUGGGGAACUUGCCCAUCUCUGGGGAUGGAGUGUGCUAGUCCUCCUGGCUUUGGGGUUUCCAAUGCUGUUUGCCUGUAGCAAGUAGGGCAGACCUCAGGAUCUCUGCACAUGGGGCUCGGCGCCUCAGCCUUUAGCACCAAAAAAGGAAGUGCUGGGGUCCCCCUCAGGAAAAGGAUGUGAGAUCAGAGAUGAAUCUCAUAGAGACCAGUGACUUGGAAACCCCGCAGUAAACAGGAAGUGUGGCCAUCACAGCAACCUGCGCUUGUAGGAAAUGGGGUCCUGGAGGCAGACCCUCCUCACCUGCCAGCGCCAGCAGGGCGGAGGGAACCCUCAGCAGUGACCCGUGCCCAUGCCCUCCCUGAGGGAGGACCCCACAUAAAUCCUGUAAUUACUGGACAGGAAGAAGGCCUCCUUGGCACGUCGCCAAAAGCUACUUUAGAAAACAGCCCUUGGCAGGUCUCUUUCUGAUGAAAAGAGCAAGUAGGAAUGGACUAUACUCCCCAAACCUCCCUCGUCCCAUGUGGACAAGAUAAAUACAUUUCCAAGAAUGAACUUCUCGUGCACCUGAAGACCUACAACUUGUACUACCAGGGCCAGAAUCUGCAGCUACGGCACCGAGAGGAAGAAGAUGAGUUCAUCGUGGAGGGGUUGCUGAACAUCUCCUGGGGUCUGCGCCGGCCCAUCCGCCUGCAGAUGCAGGAUGACAAUGAGCGCCUGCGUCCGCCCCCAUCCUCUUCCUCCUGGCACUCUGGCUGUAACCUGGGGACUCCGGGCGCCAUUCUGAAGCCCCUCACCAUGCCCAACAUUCAGAUCUCAGAGGUGGAUGCCCCAGCUGAGAGCGAGCAGUCAUUGAGCCCCACAGACUCCAGGGGCCUGAAGCCUGUGCAGGAAGACACGCCGCAGCUGAUGCGCACGCGCAGUGAUGUCGGCGUGCGCCGCCGUGGUAACGUGAGGACGCCCAGCGACCAGCGGCGCAUCCGGCGCCACCGCUUCUCCAUCAAUGGCCAUUACUAUAACCACAAGACGUCUGUGUUCACACCGGCCUAUGGCUCUGUCACCAACGUCCGCAUCAACAGCACCAUGACUACGCCGCAGGUGCUUAAGCUGCUGCUCAACAAAUUUAAGAUUGAGAACUCGGCAGAGGAGUUUGCUUUGUACGUGGUCCAUACCAGCGGUGAGAAACAGAAGCUGAAGGCCACCGAUUACCCUCUGAUUGCCCGAAUUCUCCAGGGCCCCUGCGAGCAGGUGUCCAAAGUGUUCCUGAUGGAGAAGGACCAGGUGGAGGAAGUCACCUACGAUGUGGCCCAGUACAUAAAAUUCGAGAUGCCGGUGCUCAAGAGCUUCAUUCAGAAGCUCCAGGAGGAGGAAGACCGGGAAGUCAAGAAGCUAAUGCGCAAGUACACCGUGCUGCGGCUGAUGAUUCGCCAGAGGCUGGAGGAGAUUGCUGAGACCCCGGCUACCAUCUGAGGCACAGGUGCCGGGGCCUCCUGACCUCCCCCAGGGCUGUCAGCGACGAGAGAGGGCUGUCGGAAUGCUGGGCACUUCUCUUCUGGAAAAAUCGUGACCUGUAAACCUCCUGUACUGGUCGACCAUCACGUGCUCCCUGGAGCAGGAGGGAGAACCCAGCAGUUGGCCCCCCCUCCCCAGGUCCCUGCGCUCUCUUCUUUGACCCACAAGGGGACUCUUGAUUUUUUGUUAGAAGACCCAAACGCUAUGUGGUAUCUGUGUCUGUGUGGCUCCCUGGCAAUUUCACAUGCAAUUGAAGUCCCAGCAGCAAGCUGUGGGACCAGCAGGGGAAUUCAGAGGAGUCUGAGCUGAAGUGGCUUUCAGCUAAAGCAGAGGUUUCUUCUGCCAGGUGCCAGGGAGCCACCUAGCAUGUCUGCCCGUGUAUAGAAGGAGAGGCGGUUCUGCAGGUGCAUUGUUGGGAAUAUUUAUAUUUAGAGCUUCUCCAUGGAUGUCUGGAAGGAUGGGUGAAUAUCAGAUCCUUGGAGAUGAACGAGGUAACAGUCUCAUACAUUUGGGGCAGGUCUGAUGGCAAGAACAAGAGAACCAUCAAGGGGUAGAUGCAAUAAGCCCACAUGUUUACACUGGAAUCCAAGAUCAUGGAAAGAAUGAAGGUGCAUGUGAUGUUCCCCAUGGAAGCCUGCAAAGAAUGGAUUCUCUUCCGAUACCCAGCUCCACAACCACGUCAUGGAGGCCAGGGCGUGGGUUUUCUUGUAGGGUGUGCCAAGCUGUUGGCCUCUGUCUUCCAGGCUUCCUGGGGCUAAAGAACGGGUCUCCUGAGGCAAAGCUCUUACUGAGGAGUACCUGGCGCUGACUGGCUGGUUCUGGGGCAGUGGCCAGCAGGUGUCAGGACUCCCAGUGCACCUGUGGAGGGCCCCCUGGCAGAGGUGAUGAAAGCCUUCCAGCCUCCUAGGGGGUCGUCCUGGACUUGGAGCUGGAGCUGUGCAUCUGAAGCCAGGACGUCUUCUUCCUAGCUGUGGAUUCUGCCCGUGCCCUGUGUGUGGAAUUGGACUUGAGAAUGAGGGUUCUUGCUGGUGCUGACCCAGUGUGGGGCUCAGGGAUGCACCUGUGUGGACAAGGGGUUUUUCUCAACCUCUCUGUGCAGCCACCUUGGAGAUCUUUAGACACAACCCCAGUGAAGGGGAGAGGAAGCUGUGGAGGUCAACCAGGUAAAACCAGGACCCCCUGGCAGCAGGUGUCUUUGCACCUUGCUGGAAAAGGGUGCACCUCCCCCCAUACCCUCACUUUAGCCUAGAGGAAGGCUGAGGAGCGGGGCAGUUGAAGGAAGGAGAUCCACCAGGUGGGAACUCCAAAUGCUGGCACAGCCAUUCCUGCCCUGGGCACCUGUGACUUCCUCCCUAGCCUCUACAGGAGGUCAUGCUGUGACCUCACUGUUGGCUUGCUGGCCCGUGCCUGGCACUUUACCAGGCAUCGUUUAGCCCGGUCCCUCCAUGGGGACAAUUCCACCAGCCCCAUGGGUGUGUGAAAACUCGGAGGGACUUGGUCUCAAACACACACACAAGCCAGCUGCUGCAACAGCUGGGGAACAAAGAGCAGAGGUCAGGGCUGGAAGAGACUCUGCUAUCCAUGAGGAAGAGCAGGUUUGUGAAAGAAGUGCCCCUCUGGGGCUUGGUGUCUGGGGAAAGGAUUUGGAGAAGACUCUUCCGGCUGAUUUUGAUCUUAAGUGUUUCUCCCUGGCGGACUGGAGGGAACCAAUCUGCAUGGAGCAGAAGGCUGACCACCAUCCCUUAUGCGAGGGUGAUUGCUGGCUUAGGAUAAUUCUGAUUUGGUGAGUAUUGCCCAGUGUUCCAUCUGGAAAAGUCACCCUGUGCCCAGCUUGCCUGGUAGCAACAGAGAGGUAGACUUAGCAGGUCAAGGGCAGAGUGUGGGGCCCGCACAUCUUAUACUCUGCACCUGCUCGCCAGGCAGCACCCGCUUUCCGGUCAGGCCUCCCCUGCUGAGAGCAUCCUAAGAGCUGGCCUGGAAUUCUGGAAAGCUUGUGGCAAAAGCAGUACCGAGACAGAUGCUUGGCUGUAGUGCCAGCAGGAUUUUCUUCUCACUGGUAUCGCAUGACGCUGCAGCUUUGAACUCCUCAGCUGAUUUGUGUAGGUUUAUGUAAUUGUGGGCAAUGAACCUGAAAUCGUGUGAAGAACAAAAGGCCAAUUUAUAAGGAUUUUUUUUUUUUUACCACCCCCACACACCCCAACUUGUGCAAAGUAGUUUAGCUACAUCCGGCUGUUUUCUUUCUUCCAGGGACUUGGGUGACAGGGUGAGCAAGUGAAGGGAAAAUUUGAGCCCAUCUGGCUGGGGUGGUGCCAUGAAGCACAAGGUCAUGUACUUUGCCUACACUGUGUUAGGAAGGUGACGACUGGCACGGGGGAAGGUGGCAGGGCUGGCAGGCAUAAAGGGUGGGCACGUUGGAGUUUGCCCGCUGGCCCCCAGGGCUAUGGACUUUGAGUCGGAGUCGAGGUUGAGGCAGCGAGUCUGGGGCUGUCAGCUACCCAUCCACAGGGAGAGACCUGGGCUCGGAAGGCAGCUCCACUCUCCUCCCCACUGAGAAGCACACAGAAGCCUUCUCUUAGAAAUGGUCAGAUCAAGACAUUUUAUCCUCUCACCUGCAGUGUGUAGCAUCCCCUGAAAAGGUCUUUUCUCCACUCAGAGCCAUCUUGGCCAGAAUUCUUUUCUGUGAGAUUGGAUGGUUGUCAAGAGGGAGGAGUAGAAGGUACAGGAAACUCUUAAGAGAUGCUCUCUUAAAUAAACCAAGAGGCAAGCAAUGACAACCCACCACCAUCAUCCCCACUACUCCUGCCCCUCGCCCCCUAAGUAGUAUCUUGUUUCAAAGCUAAGUAACUGAUGCGUCAGAGCUAUGUCUCCAGGAAGGAACUGGGAACUACAGGUCUCCGCUCCUGAGCCGCUAUGCCAGAGAUGAGUGGGGAGGCAGAGGAGUAGCCUGGGGUCCAGACAGCAGUAGCCACCGGUGAGUGGCUUCAGUGGCUUUAUGAUCUCUCGCACAUCAGAGGUGACAGUCUGGGGUCUCAUAGCGAGGCAGAAGUGAAGCCUAUGGGGGCACCCAUCUUCCAGAUGGGAUGGCAAGUGUGUGCCCUGGCUUGGAGUGUUGCACACCUGCCACGUGUUUGGACUGAGCACAGGAGAUGCACAAGCUGUGAAGGGAAGCCUCAGUUUACCCUUGGCGUCUUCCAGGUGCCUUGCAGGACUGUGUCCCCAGGCUGAGGGUCCCCAGUGUAUAGUCACUAGUGGUUUCUUUUGUUUUGUGUUUGUUUUAAAAUAAGGGGUUCCACACUUGUUUCUAGCAUUGUGAAGUGUACUUUAAAAUAAUUCCCCUUUCAACCAUGGUACAUGACCUGGUUCCAUCUUUGAUUCUGAACUUCCAAACUGGUAUGCUUAGGUAUCUUAACACAAUUUGACAAGGCCUCAGUAGGGAGCCAUGCAUUUUUUGGUAAUGUUUGGAUAUGUUUAAUGCACCUGACUUAGAGUUUCUUGAAAUAAAGCACUUUUCAAUGAGGA